GAUGAGUUAGAGAUCGGAAGAACCUCAAUCCAAACAAAAGGGUAAACCCCACGGAAAAACCCCUACUUUUCCCACAUUUGCUCAAAACUUUCCAUCACGUUCGCGAGGAACAAGGAUGGCUUUUUGCUCCUCUCUCUUUCGCCUCAGAUCCCACCGCCUCCGCACCAACACCACGACUAUCACCAACAGGUUGUUCUACUCUGCUUCUCCAUUCCUUUCCACCAUCAAAUCUGAAUGCUCGGUUCUCUCCCCUCUCUCAGAUCUCCGUACAAUCUCUACGGAAUUUCCCUCGCUCACCGGUCUCCGAUUCUUCUCCACCGCCCGACGCCACCCUGCCCGCUCGAAGACAGUGGACAUAGGGGCCCGAGCCCGUCAACUCCAAACCCGCCGCCUCUGGACCUAUGCUUUGACGUUCAGUUGCAUUGCGGGUUUUAUAGUGAUCGUUUUAAACAACUUUCAAGACCAAUUAGUGUUUUAUGUGAUCCCAACAGACGCUAUGGAAAAAUACAAAGCAAACCCACAAAAGAACAAAUUCAGAUUAGGUGGAUUAGUUCUCGAAGGAAGCGUUGUUCAACCUGCUUCUUCGCCUGAAAUGGAGUUUGUGAUUACAGAUUUGAUCACUGAUAUUUUGGUCCGGUAUCAGGGAUCGCUGCCCGACUUGUUCAGAGAAGGGCAUUCGGUGGUGGUGGAAGGGUUUGUGAAACCAUUCACAGAGGAGAUAAAGAAGGAGGUGGGAGCGAGGAGCGUUUCAGGGAAAGCGAGGAGCGGGGAGUGUUACUUCUCUGCAACUGAGGUUUUGGCUAAGCAUGAUGAGAAGUAUAUGCCUAAGGAGGUGGCUGCAGCAAUUGAGACGAAUAAGCAGCUAAUUGAAGCUGGUGAAGGAAGUAAAAAGAAGCCAUAAACUAAUUGAUGAUUUGGGAUGUGGAAUGGAUUGAUAAAGGAUGAGUGGGGAUUUAUUUGGUGGAUGCAGUAACUAAAGUUUUUCUAGUGUACCAGGGAAGAGGUUCUAAUAUGAAGAACUUGAGCAUUUAAUUAAUUCUUAUCUUUUGAUUCCUAAUUGUUGUUAAGGCUUAGUUGUUGUUGUUUUGAUUCCUAAUUGCCAUGUUCACUAAUUUCUACCACAAUAUGCAUACAUUUCACAUUGCCUUUUUUUAAUCAUAAGACUGGAGUGUGGUGUUAGUAUAUCAGCACACUUUUUUAACCAAAAGGUAGUUAAGCCAUGUUUAAGAAAAGCAGAACAAAAGUACAUGCUUAGUUUCAGCGAAUAUGCAUUUAAUUAACCUAUCAACAGAAUUGAGAUGAGUGCAUGUCAGGAAAUUGAAUUUUGUUAACAUCAAGAAAAGAAAUUUGUAAAUUGUUUUGCCCUUUUUUGUUCCUUUUUGAAUUUCAGAUAUAGGCGGCUAGGUUUUAAUAAUCUUUAGGUUUUGAGCAUUAGUUAUUCAUACCCUGUUACAUGUGCUUAUAUUGGGAAAGAUGAGUUGAAGUGCUUUGUAGGGGUCUAGCAAUGAUUGGCACUGUAUAAUUUAAGCCCCAGAAUGAUGCAUGUUAUUUAAGGAAGAUGCAGUGUGUUUCCACUUUCCAGAAAGUUGGAGGAGCUGAGAAUUUUACUUCUCUUAGUCUCUUACUUUUUCUCUUGUUGCUGAGUGGUCUUGCUUUGUUGUUGUACUUUCCUAAAAUUAGAAGAUAGGGAGCUUCUCCACGUCCAGCUUUUGUCCACCAUAUUGUAGCUCUUGCAUAUGUUAAAUGUAACGAAGAUCAACAGUGGGUGCAGCUAAUCCCUUUUUUAGUAGACCAGGAACACACUCUCUCUUUCUCUGUAGAGCCUACUGCAACGCUGCAAGCUUUACUUUCUUGAGUUUACAUUGACUGUUACUGGUAUUUUUGGCCCAUAAUAGUUGCCCUUCAAACUUUGCUUUCUUUUCUGUUUUGCCUUUUUAUUCCCAGAAUGAAGUUUUUUUGU